GCUGAGUUCACACAGACGGGCACGGCACAGGUGUGUGUGUGUGUGGUGAUUAGUCCUUAACAACCAUGGAUGACAAAGAUGGAAAAAUCCGCCUCCGUCUGGCCGAAGACAUCAUCAAUGACCAGGUGGGAGGGGCCGGCUGGAUGUACCUGGACAUCGCACUACAGGUGGACAAGUACUCCCCGAAAACUCUCCUGGUCAAAACACGAAAGUGCGACCCGCAGGGCAAAAUUGUCCUUGAACCCAAGGCCAAAGAGAAGACCAGCAACUAUCUAGUCCCCAAAGAUCCAGGUGAGGCAAAGAUUUUAGACGACGUCUCAGUCCAGGCCUACCCGAAGAAGGCGUCUUGGAAACAGACGUACAGCUACGAGAGGAGCGUAAAUGGUAACUUCAUUCUCAAGGCGGUGGAGGCUGUGGGUUUCUCGGCUGAGGGCAGCAAAACUAACAAACGUUGUGUGGAGACCACCUGUACUGACCUGGAACACAGAAGUGUGGACAUAGAAGACCUGAGAAAGGCGCUGUCUGGACUGACGGCUCAAACCAGCGCUGAGGGCAUCAGGAAUGAGACCAGCUUCCUGGUGGUCACAGACGUGUUGGUGGCGAAGGAAGUCAGCAUCGUGGAGACACGGGACUCAAAGAAGGACAGAAAGGUAAGUGUCAACGCUAAGAUCCACGGAGUGGGCAUUGAAGCGGGCGGAGGCAGUACCAAAGAGACAGCCGCUAGCCUCGAACGCAGCAACACCGGAGGCAUCAUUCUCGCCAUCAAACUGGCCCGAGUCUAUUAUGACGAACAGGGCACCAUAGAGAGAGACGGUGUGAAGCCGGUCGGAAUUCACGAUGGGAACUACACUCUGGGCAUCGGUAACAAGGACAGGGAGGGGCAUUACACCGUGACGACACUGGCAAAACGCAUCGGCGAGGUGAAGAACAAGUUCGAGAUUAAUGUGAACCUUCUCGGGCGGCAGAACAGCACAGAGGUCCAAGUGCCACGGGACGUCUGCGAAACUGGGCUGCAUCAGACCAGAAAGAGACUUCCGACCGGCUCCAAGCUGUUGCCAUUGAAGGGGAUUCAGGUUAUCAAGUUGAAGGAGGAAGAAAGCACCCUCUAUCGCAUUAAACAUUUUUUUAAACAUUUUUUUUCACGAAAGAAAGAAGAAGAGGUCAAACUGGCAAAGGUACUGGUGACAGACCUGGAGGAGGACCAAACCUACAUCUGUCUCUGUAGCGAGGAAACAGCCGUUACCGACGACAAGAAACUGUGGUUCGACUGUAAGCAGUGGAGGCAAGAGGUUGCGGGAAAGGAGUUCCAAGUGACCGUUGAAGGGAACUGCUACUACGUGGCCGAAGAUGAUCCGAUUGUCCGAGUCUUCGGUGACCGAGAAUGUGAUAGUGACUGUGUUCAAAUCAAGUGGACCAACGCUGAGACUGAAGAAGAGAAGGAAGACACAGCUCGUGCUGCCAGUACGUUCAGGGAGUACGGAAUCAAAGCUAACGCAGUCAUCGAACUGAUAGAGUAUGAAGAAUUCACUCAGAGUCUUAUGGGUGGCCUUGAGCUGCAUGAGCUGCAGAUAGAGUUGGGGAAAUGUGAACUGGAGCUGACCUUCGAGGCUUGUCAAGUGACCCUGCGCGUGGGAGAGGAUGAGCGCAUCGACACGCUACCGGAGAAGCUGCUGUCGCUCUUGGUGGUGUAUCAUGGAGACCAGAAGGUGGCAGAGUCUUUACGAUCAAAGUCUUUACGAUCUCGGUCUGCAGUGGGACAACAUGGCGCCGCAAGUCCCUGUGUUCAAGUUGGUCGAAAAGGAAGAUGGAGAAAAAACAGCCGGAGAAACAAACCCAGAAAACCCAAACAAACUGGUCUUCAAGAUACAAGACGUACAACAUGAUGACACAGGAGUUAUCAUCCAGGUGACUGUACCAGCAAACAAGCUGAAGAUGACUGUCCAGGAGAUCAACGACGUUGGUGACGUCAUGCGAGGGCUUCGAAGAGUGUAUGCCCGAAUG